UAACACGGGGAGGGUCCUGCCGCUGCUCCCCCUCCUCCCCCUGCCCUGUGCUUUGACUAUCCCUCUGCACCUGGCCCCUUUGCCGAUCCAUCGCCAGACCCACCUCUGCCAUGCUGCAAAUCCACCCAAAAUAAAACAAAUUAUAACAUUAACUUAAGCACCAUUCCUGGACUGAUCUGGAAGAGCCAUUGGAUUAUAUGGGCCGGACCAUGGAAUAAUUCAACCGGGAUUGGGGAAUUUUUGGGGGGGAAUAUAGCGGAUGCCAAUUGGAAUAACUGAAGGUGCUAGACCCCAGUGUUCUACAUGAGGAGGAUUUGGCCAUAUUUGCAAAGACUAUAACAUAAAGUAUUGGACCAUGGUUGAAGGAGCCCGAGCGGCGGCCUCCACAGCCAAUGGGUCAAACGGUGCGUCCCGGAGCCCAGCCCGGGGCACGGCCCCAGGCGCAGCCCCCACACUGCGCUCGCGGGCCAUCGGGCUGCUGCAGACCCUGUGCCUCUCUGUGGAGCUCGUGGUGGCCCUGGCUGCCCUGCUCUCCUGGAUCACCGUGGGAGUGGUCAUGUUCGACUUUGUGGAAUACAAAACUGUACCCGACAUUCAACAAAUAGUUAGUGACCCCGUCCAAGCAGUAAACGAUGCUGUGGAUGAAGUAACAAGUCUCUUUAAUAAAUUCCAAGAAUGUGCGCCUGACUUAAGUGACCCGAUGGCUGCAGCCACAUAUGCAGCCGAGGAAGUAGCACACGCCAAAGAUGGAUUUGUACAAUAUUUCUCAGAUGAGGAGGGAAUCUUCUAUCUGAGUUACGUGGACCCUGUGGUGAUUGGACGAAGAGCGUUCCACACUGCAGAUGAGUUCAUGAGUGAGGUGGGGGGCUCUGUCCAGGAGACGCUGUGUGCGGUGGUGGACUACAUAGUGGACACAGUACUGGACAUACACAAAGGAAAAGUGGACAUAAGUUAUUUAGAUCCGGUGGUGAUAGGCCGAGGAGCCUUCACUGCGACUAAUGACUUCAUGUCUGAUAUCACGGGCAACAUCCAGGGGGCGCUCUGUUCCAUCGUAGACUCCCUUCUGGAUGUGACCAAAGGAACAACGGACAUUAGCUUUAUGGACCCUGUAGUGAUUGGGCGGAGUGUGUUCAGUGUUACCAAUGACAGUGUGGCUGGAGUGGUGGGCUACAUUCAAGAUAAGCUAUGUUUCGUAAUAGACUGCAUUCUGGACGUCACUAAAGGAAGCACUGACAUGAGCUUUAUAGAUCCUGUGGUCAUUGGAAGAAAUGCCUUCACAGUCACCAAUGAGUUUGUGAGUGGAAUCACAACAUACAUCCAGGGUGUGCUCUGUUCUCUUCUGGAUAUUAUUCUGGACACUGUUGGAGGUGUGAUGGAAGCUGUGGGAUUCAGUCCUUUGUCAGUUCUAAAGACAACAACAGACGUCACCAAAGAACAAAUGAGCACGCUCAGCGACUACAUCUCCACAACCUUCAUGGGUGAACAAGGGAUCCUGUCUGAGGUCUCUGUGGAGCCCAUGAAGGCGGUUGAAGAGGCUGUGUUGGAAGCUUCUGAAACCAAAGACGCUUUUGUGGCUUAUAUGUCCAGCAUGUUUGUUGGCGAGCAAGUGGAGGAAAAGAAGGAAGACGUUCCCUCUGGUGAGAAGGACCGGCCAGCAGACAUUAUGGACGAGCCUCUAGAAAAGCAGGAAAAAAUAACCAUUGAAGAAGAUAAGGAGGAAGAUGAGGAGGAAGAGGAAAUAACUACCAAAGAAGAGGAGGAGGAGGCGCAGGAGGAGGAGGAGGAGGAGGAGGAAGAAGAAGAAGAGGAAAUUACCACCAAAGAAGAGGAGGAGGAGGAGGAAGAGGAGGAAGAAGAAGAGGAAAUUACCACCAAAGAAGAGGAAGAGGAGGAAGAAGAAGAGGAAAUUACCACCAAAGAAGAGGUGGAGGAGGAGGAAGAGGAGGAGGAGGAGGAGAAGGAGGAGGAAAUAAUCACCAAAGAGGAGGAGGAGGAGGAGGAGGAAGAGGAAAUAACAGCGAAAGAAGAGCAGGAGGAGGAAGAGGAGGAAACAACUAUUGAAGAAGUGGAGGAGGAAGAAGAAGAAAUAACUACCAAAGAUGAUGAGGAGGAAGAGUUGGAGGAGAAAAUAACAUCUGAAGAGGAGGAGGAGAAGGAAAUUGAACCUGCCAUCACUCCUGAAGACUUGGAGGAGGAAGAGGCUGUUGUGAAAGCUGAUAUAGUAGAAACAUCAUCUGUGGAGGAAGAGGAUGAAGAGGAGGAAGCCGAGGCUGCAUCUGUGGAGGAGGAGGAAGAGGAGGAGGAAGAGGAGGAGGAAGAGGAGGAGAAAGAGGAGGCUGCACCUGAGGAGGAAGAGGAGGAGAAGGAGGAACCAGAGGCAGUAAAGGUUGACAUUGUUGAACUGUCACUAGUGGAGGAGGAGGAGGAGGAGGAGGAGGAAGAAGAGGAGGCCAUGAAGGUUGAAACUGCAGAGCCACCAGCUGCCGAGGAGGAGGAGGAAGAGGAGGAAGAACAGGGCGCUGAAGAGGAGCAGGUGACAGUGACCGUUGACAAAGUGGAACCAUUACCUGCUGAGGAGGAGGAAGAAGAGGAGGAGGCUGAGAAAGCUGACACAGAGAAGCCUUUAUCUGUUGAAAAAGAGGAAGAGGGUGAGGAAGAGGAGGAGGAAGGGGAACCAUCACGUGCAGAGAAGGAGGAGGAAGAUGAAGAGGCAGUUAAGGUUGACACUGUGAAGCCAUCACCUGCAGAGGAGGAGGAAGAGGAGAAGGGUGAAGAAGAGGCAGUAAAGAUCGAGGCUGUGGAACUACCCUCUGCUGAGGAGGAAGAGGAGGAGGAACCAUCUGGUGAACCUGCAGUGGAACAUGUAUCAGCUGUGAAGCCAUUGAACAUCAGUGACCAGGUGAAAGAGGAGGAGGAAGAGGCAGCUCCAGUCCUGGUAGCUGUAGAGCAGGAGGACUUCUCAGACACUGUGGACGACCACGAUGAAAACAACAACAACAGCGAGAAGCUUAAGACUGAACCAGGGAGGAAGAGGAGGCUGCACAUCCUCUCCCACAGGCGAAGAAGAGACGCUCGCAAGGAGAAACCUGUGGAGGGGAAACCUGGCAAGGAUGAAGAGGUUUCCAAAGACCAACCCGAAUCUAAAAAAUCGUUGCUGAAAAAGAAGAAAGCCUCUGAAAAGAAGAAAGAAGCUAAGGCAAAGGAGACCAUAUCCCUUAAAUUAGAAAAAGAUAAGAAACCAUACAAAAUGAAACUAGCCAAAAAGGAGAAGGAACAUCUGAAGGAGACUCCCCCAACUCCUGAGGAACCCAAAGAAGAACCUCUUAAGGAAACCAAAGUCAAAGAGGAGGAAAAACCGCCAAAAGAAAAACAAGUAAAGGAGGACAAGAGGCCUUUUAGAAAAAUCAUAGAUAUAAGGAGUCUUUUGAAACAGAAGGAACAACCCAAAGAGGAGAAAGAGAAAAAGAAGCCUUCUAAAAUAAAGGAGGUCGAAAUUCAUAAAGAAGAGAAGCCAGACAAGAAGGAACCAGCUGAAACAAAAAUGGUUAAGAAAGCUGUCACAGAAGAGGAGGAAAAGGAGCUUCCAAAAGAGCCUGAACAACAAAAAGAGAAAAUCCUGGUAAAGGAACCCUCAAAAGACAAAAGGGAGAGAAAAAUGGAUCUAAAAGAAGACAAAUUAGUUAGCAAAGUGAAAAAAGAAAAGGCUGAUGAGAAAGAAGACAAAGUUCCUAAAGAUAAGACCAAAGAAACAAAAGAACCCAAGAGACUUCCAAAAGAGGACAAGAAAAAAGAAAGGGUAAAGGAACCUCAAAAAGAUAAGAAACAACUCAAAGAAAGGAAAGACAAAGUAGAGUCUCUCAUCAAAGAAAAGGAGAAGAAACCCACUGAAAAAGAACCAAAAGAGGUUACGAAAUCCAAAGAUCCUAAACAAGAGAAAAAGGAACCAAAGGAAAGUCCCAAAGAGUUUAAAAAUAUAACCGCUCCUACAGCAGAUGUGGUGGAGAAAGCACCAGAAGUGAAGGAGGAAGAAUCUCUCAAAGUGGCAAAGAUGGAAAUGAGGAAACCUAAAGAGACGAAAGAAGCAAAGGAGCCUCCUAAGGUUGUCAAGAAGCUUCCCAAAGAUGUAAAAGAACCUCCUAAAAAGGAAACAAAGACCACCAAACUCUCCAAAAAGAAGGCUGAGAAGGAACAUGACAAGCUUCCUAAGACAAAGGAGCCAUCGGUGGAUGAGAAGAAGAAAGAGAAGAAAGAAUCCAAGGAGCCUCCAAAGGUAAAAGAACUUGACAAGAAGCCUCCUAAAGAAGAAAUACAUCCUCCCACAAAAGAGAUGAAGAAACCCAAAGAAAAGAAAGAGAAGGAUAUCAAAGUAUCCAAAGAAGAAAAACCAAAGGAGAAAGAAUCCAAGGAGCCUCCAAAGGUAAAAGAACUUGACAAAAAGCCUCCUAAAGAAGAAAUACAUCCUCCCACAAAAGAGAUGAAGAAACCCAAAGAAAAGAAAGAGAAGGAUAUCAAAGUAUCCAAAGAAGAAAAACCAAAGGAGAAAGAAUCCAAGGAGCCUCCAAAGGUAAAAGAACUUGACAAAAAGCCUCCUAAAGUAGAAAUACAUCCUUCCACAAAAGAGAUGAAGAAACCCAAAGAAAAGAAAGAGGAGGAUAUCAAAGUAUCCAAAGAUGAAAAACCAAAGGAGAAAGAAUUCAAGAAGCCUCCAAAGGUAAAAGAACUUGACAAGAAGCCUCCUAAAGAAGAAAUACAUCCUUCCACAAAAGAGAUGAAGAAACCCAAAGAAAAGAAAGAGAAGGAUAUCAAAGUAUCCAAAGAAGAAAAACCAAAGGAGAAAGAAUCCAAGGAGCCUCCAAAGGUAAAAGAACUUGACAAAAAGCCUCCUAAAGAAGAAAUACAUCCUCCCACAAAAGAGAUGAAGAAACCCAAAGAAAAGAAAGAGAAGGAUAUCAAAGUAUCCAAAGAAGAAAAACCAAAGCAGAAAGAAUCCAAGGAGCCUCCAAAGGUAAAAGAACUUGACAAAAAGCCUCCUAAAGUAGAAAUACAUCCUUCCACAAAAGAGAUGAAGAAACCCAAAGAAAAGAAAGAGGAGGAUAUCAAAGUAUCCAAAGAUGAAAAACCAAAGGAGAAAGAAUUCAAGAAGCCUCCAAAGGUAAAAGAACUUGACAAAAAGCCUCCUAAAGAAGAAAUACAUCCUCCCACAAAAGAGAUGAAGAAAUCCAAAGAAAAGAAAGAGAAGGAUUUCAAAGUAUCCAAAGAUGAAAAACCAAAGGCGAAGCCUAAAAAAGAACCCACAAUGGAGACUAUUGAAGAAACAAAGGCUCCAAAAGAGAAGAAAGAAACCAAGGAACCAAGGAAACCCAAGAGAGAGGUGACGGAGGAACUUCCCAAAGACAUCAAACUGGUCAAGAAGGACCGUGAUGAAAAGAUCAAAGCAAAGGAAGAGGCUCCUAAAGCUGUCUCCAAAGAACCCAAAGAAAAGAAACAGGAAAAGGAGAAACAGGAGAAGGAGAAGACAAAAGUUAAGGAACCUUCUAAAGUUGAGAAAGAAGAAGUUCCAAGACCCAAAGAAAAGGGACUUCACAGACAUAAGAAGAUGGAUGAGGAGAAACCCAAAGAGAAAAAAGUUGAGGAUCAUCCCAAAGUUCAAAAGGAACAACCUCUUAAAAAUGUUACAGAGGAAACAAAGAAACCUCAAGAAAAGAAAGUCCUUCUAAAAGAAAAGACACUGAAAAAGGAGAGGAAAGAAACCAAGGAACCUGCAAAGAAACCCAAGAGAGAGGUUAAGGAAGAACUUCCCAAAGACAUCAAACUAGUCAAGAAGGAGCCUGAAGAAAAGAUCAAAGCAAAGGAAGAGGCUCCUAAAGCUGUCUCCAAAGAACCCAAAGAAAAGAAACAUGAAAAGGAGAAACCCAAGGAGAAGAAAAAAGUUGAGGAACCCUCUAAAGCUGAGAAAGAAGAAGUUCUGAAACCCAAAGAAAAGAAGGCACUUCACAGACAUAAAAAGAUAUUUGAGGAGAAACUCAAACCUGAAAAGAAACAACUUCUUAAAAAUGUCACUGAGGAAACAAAGAAACCUAAAGAAAAGAAACUCCUUAUAAAAGAGGAGAAAUUGGAAAUGAAGAAAUCCACAGAGGAAAAAGUAACCAAGGAAGAGCCUUCAAAAGAUGUUAAAGAACCCAAGAAACCCAAGGAGAAGAAAGAAUCUCAAAUAGAAGCUGAAAAACCUCUUAAAGUUGUAAAAGCAGAACCUUCUAAAGAUGUCAAAGAAGAAGCCAAGAAACCCAAAGAAAAGAAGGAGGUGAAAGUUUCUGAAGACAAGAAAGACAAGGAACCUUCCAAAGAUAAAAAAGACGAAACAAAGAAACCCAAAGAAAAGAAAAAGGUUGAAGAACCUUCAAAAGAUGAAAAGAAACCUGGCAAAGAAGAGAAAGAAAAGAAACCAAAAGAUGACAAAGAAGUAAAGAAAGUUUCAAAAGAUUUAAAAGAACCAAAACGUCCAAAAGAUGUAGAUAUUCCCAAAGACAAAAAGGUGGAAAAAAAGGAACCCACUAAAGAAAAGAAGGAGGACAAGAAACACAAAGAGAAAAAAGUUCCCAAAGAACCUUCUAAAGAGGAGAAGAAAAAAGUCAAGGACAUUACACUUCCCAAAGAUGAACUGAAGGAGAAAGUGGUGAAGAAACAACCAAGAGAAAAGAGGGAAAAGGAACCAACCAAAGACAAAAAGGUAAUCCCAACAGAAAUAAAAGAGGUGCCCAAAGAAAAGAAAGAGAAAAAAGAAGUAAAGAUCAUCCCACCUGUAGAAGAAAAAGAGAAGAAGGCUCCCAAAGAAAAAGUAAAAGAACCAAAAGAAGACAAACUACCUAAAGAAAAGAAAGUUCUAUCUCCCAAAGAACAGAAAGAGGUGAAGAAACCUACCAAAGAAAGGGUGAAGAAAGAAGACAAGGAGCCGACUAAAGAUGUUCCUCGACACAGGAUGAUUCGUAGGAUGAAGAUAGUCAAGAAGGAGGUUGCAUCCGUUGUGAAGAAGGAACAUCUUAAUGUUACAAAAACAGAGGUCAAAGCUCCCAAAGACAAAGUAAAAGCAGUCCCUGUGAAGCCUGAACCUGUUUCCAAAAAGGCCAAGCCAGUCCCAGUAGUUAAAGAAACUGAAGCUCCUGCCAAAAAUGUGUCUCUUGCAAAAGAAAAAGUUAAGAUGCAGCCCAUGAAGAAAGUGUUGGUGAGACCAAAAGAGAAAAUCAGACUUGUACCCAGACAAAAAGAAGCUGAAAUCAAACCUGUGCCCAUCAGAGAAGUGCUAAAGGGAGAGCCCAGGCCUGUCCGAAUGCGGAAAGAAGUGGAGGCUCUUAAAGAGAAGGAAAGAGCCCCAGUAAAGAAAGAUCGUGUGAAACGCCUAUUAGCUGAUCUGAGAAGAGAAAAACUACUAGAGAAAAAGAAGUCCAAGGAAGAGAAAGAAGAAAAGCCUCUGAAAGACAAAGCAGAGCCAAAAGCUCCUAAAGAAGAACCCAAAGCUCCAGCUGUAGAGAGCAUCACAGUAGACGAAGAGCUGCCCUACUUCCAGUGCUUCUUUGUGGACGAGGACGAGGCCCAGUUCCCGUUCUACUCCUUCUCCCCACUGGUGUUCUGAGCAGCCCAGGGGACGUCCUGUCAUGUGACUGGGGCUGUGGCGGAGGGACUGUGGGUCUGGAGCUCUGAGCUGCCUCUGCCUCAUCUGUUUGGUGGAGCUGUCUCUCACACAUACAGACAAUGUUGUUCCGUCACUGUUUGACUUGUCACAAAUGAGGUGCUUUUAUCUAUAUGGAACCAGUGCAGUUUGUCACAUUAGUACAUUAUUAAAAACUAGUGCACUAGUGUGACGCACAGGACAGACUUGAGUAUUUGAUUACUACUUGAAAAGUAUGUGUAUACCACCUUUCUAUUUCCAUAUCAUGUUUUUUUUUAUUUUAUUUUAUUUUUUAUUUUCAGCACUCAUUUGUACCUAUUUGUUUCCAAGGGAACAGCCAUGCGUUGUAUUUGAGAGCUCCCAAACAUACCUGACGAGUCUUAUGAGUGUGCACCCUCUGGCCUUUGGGACGGACAGAGCUGUGCUGUGCUGCUGUGGUGCUCAGCUGAAGCAUUCACUACAUGAUGUUUUAUUGAGUCACUUAGAAACAUGUGGCAAACAGCCACCUCUGCUCUGCAUUCUAAUGUGGCUCUUUGUGCAGCCUGACACUGACACAAUGUGUGUCCAGAGCUGCUACAAACACAGUCAAAGCACCAGAGCUGGAUCACAACAGUAAUAUUUAUUAGUGUAUAAAAAGACUAUUAGGAAAUGAUGCAACUAUAUGGACCAAUAUGAGCGGGCACGUCCUAGUCCCAGUUCGUCCAAUAGUAUGUAACAAAUAUGCAACUAAAUAGACUUUUGACAAAGUCACAUGAGUCAGUAUUAGACUCAUUCAAACACACAAUUCUCAGUGAACUGGCCUCUAUUAUGUUAAUGCAAACAUGAUUUCUCAUAAUUUAACAGUGCACUCAUAGUGCAUACUGUACAUUUUAUUUUUGUAUUUGAAAUUAUUUUUAUUUUCUCAAUGCGAGUGUUGUGUUUAAUAUUUAUUGAGGACCUAUGUGCAAUAGACUGCUGCAGACUUUUAUUUAAGCAGUUAUUGUGAGUUCCAUUAGUAGAGAUAGGUCUGUUGGGGAAUUGAUCAAAUCCAUAAGAAUAUAGGCGUCUGUUAUUUCACAGGACAGAACCACUGCUGCACAGAGCAGGCACAUACCAUAAUGCUCUCUAUGGUUUAUGACCUAGGGGAAUCAGACUACUAUAUUUUAGCCUAUCAGAUUAUUUCUGCUGUUUUAGCUGCACAGCUUGGGGUGUUGUAUAAGUAGUGAACUUUAGAUUAAUAAUUAGUAUUAUUGUGUAACUGGCCCUCAUAUCUCGCAUUUGUAAGUAAAUCAAAUGGAAUCAAAUGGACUACUGAUAACAGGAGCAGGUCAAAGUGAAUGUUAUAAACCACAGUGUAACAGGGUAUGUGAGCAGAGCACAGUCUGUUUGAGUGCAUGCAUGACGUCUUUAAAUGUCACAAUUUUGUUCAUAUUCAAUGUCUGCUCUAAAAUUACUCUUCAACUGGGAUGUUGCACUCAAAUUAUUCAAAUUAUCAAAUUAUUUGGUGAAUACCUGCCAUGUUCAAAUUCUAUUAAAUGAGAAAUGUGCAUGUU